GCUUCCGCCCUUCCCUGCGCCCGACCCGCGAGGCCGGCGGCCGCCCCGGCUCCGGAAGGAGUCGGCCCGGCGGCCGGAUGUGACGCGCGGCCGAGGCGCGCAGGAGCCGCGGAGAAAGCGCAGAGCAGGCGGGCCCGGUCCGAGGUCUGGCAGUCAGUGACAGAGCCGGGCGCCCACGGCCCGAGCGCCCCCGGCGGCAUCAUGCCCGCGCUCCUGGAGCGCCCCAAGCUUUCCAACGCCAUGGCCCGGGCGUUGCACCGGCACAUCAUGAUGGAGCGGGAGCGCAAGCGUCAAGAAGAGGAAGAGGUGGACAAGAUGAUGGAACAGAAGAUGAAGGAGGAGCAGGAGAGGAGAAAGAAAAAGGAGAUGGAAGAGAGAAUGUCUCUGGAGGAGACCAAGGAGCAAAUCCUGAAAUUGCAGGAGAAGCUUUUGGCCUUACAAGAGGAGAAGCACCAGCUUUUCUUGCAGCUCAAGAAAGUUUUACACGAGGAGGAGAAACGGAGGCGAAAGGAGCAGAGUGACCUGACCACUCUGACAUCAGCUGCGUACCAGCAGAGCCUGACCGUCCACACGGGAACGCACCUCCUCAGCAUGCAGGGGAGCCCUGGAGGACACAAUCGCCCAGGCACCCUCAUGGCGGCUGACAGGGCCAAACAGAUGUUCGGGCCCCAAGUGCUUACAACUCGGCAUUAUGUGGGCUCAGCGGCAGCUUUCGCAGGGACCCCAGAGCACGGUCAAUUCCAAGGCAGCCCCGGCGGUGCCUAUGGGACCGCUCAGCCCCCGCCGCACUAUGGCCCCACGCAGCCGGCCUAUAGCCCUAGCCAGCAGCUCAGAGCACCUUCGGCGUUCCCUGCAGUGCAGUACCUGUCGCAGCCGCAGCCACAGCCCUACGCAGUGCACGGCCACUUCCAGCCCACCCAGACAGGAUUCCUGCAGCCGGGUGGCGCCCUGUCCUUACAGAAGCCGAUGGAGCACGCCAACCAGCAGACCACCUUCUCGGACUCUUCCUCCCUGCGCCCCAUGCAUCCCCAAGCUCUGCAUCCAGCCCCUGGACUGCUGGCCUCUCCCCAGCUCCCUGUGCAGAUGCAACCGGCGGGAAAGUCGGGCUUUGCGGCUACCAGCCAACCUGGCCCUCGGCUCCCCUUCAUCCAGCACAGCCAGAACCCGCGAUUCUACCACAAGUGACCGUCAGAUUUUAUCUUCAGCCUCCCCCCACCCCCUGCCGUGGGUGAGGGUCCCCGGUGUGUCCCGGUCCAAUAAAAUCUACCUGCCAGUGCCCCUGGCUGCUGCUGCUGUUUGUGUGGCCUCACCCGGAGGCGGCCAGGGCUCUCUGGAGGGGCGGGGUGGCCGGCAGAUGCACAGCAAGUGAACGCUGGCCGGGAACGGAUGGCCGAGUUUGGUGGACAGGAUUUAUCUCCCCUCCAGUCCGCAAAUGCCCAUUCAAUUCAAAGAAGCAACUGAAUUGGGGCCUUCAUAUUAAACUUGUAGUUUUAUUCAGGUUUGAUUUUAACAAAUGUGUCGGGGAGAGAGCCCACAGGAAAGGGUGAAGCCCGUGGGGGCAGGGCCCUCCCAGAUGCCUGAGGAGGGGGCAGGUCCCCUCCCCUCUCCUCCUUUCCCUCCCCAGCUAAAGGGAUUUGGGGAGAGACAUAGGCAGGAGGGGGGCUGGUCCCCAGUCUGUGGGGUGGUGCUUGGGGUAAAGGGCCAAGGGGAACAAGGGACCAGAGCAGGGAUGAGGGGGGGAGGGCACAAGGACCAUUUGCCAGAAUCCACAGCUUUCUGAUUCCAGAUUGAAUUUAAAAAAAAAAAGAAAAAAAGAAA